GGGCUGGUAGAGAAAGAAAUGGCGUAUAUUCGCGAGCUUCUUGCUCUUCUCAAGGCCGCCAACGAGGAGAGUAAAUCAGCCCACAAGCAAGAUGUCUCGCGUGCCGUGCGCGACCGCAUCAACAGCCACAUCUUGGAUGUUCUCAAAACCGCCCGACGUAUCCGCGAGCGCCUCGAAGCAAUGGACCGCUCCAAUGCCGCCAAUCGCCGUCUCUCCGACUGCCGCGAGGGAUCAGCCAUCGAUCGGACCCGAACUUUGGCGACCAAUGGGCUCCGAAAGAAGCUCAGGGAGCUAAUGACCGAUUUUCAGACAAUA